CCUGGUAUUUUCGGGACUUUCCUAAGCUGUUCUAACUUUCCUGCCCCUUCCCCGGCCCGGCCCAGCCCAGCUCCGGAUCUCGCCCUCCGCCGGAUCUCCCCCGCCGCACCCGGACGGGUGGCUGGAGGAGAUCCGACCCUCCCCCGAACCGGGGGCCCCCUCUCCCCGCACCCCGGCCCCGAUCCGUCUCUCACUGCCCCCGCCACUCCUCCUCACCCAGGGCGGGCGCCUGAAGCUCUGGGGAACAGAAUCCGGCCGGAGCCGCCGGGCCGAACCGGGCCUAGCCCAGGGACAUGGAGAGCUGCUACGACCCCAAUCUGGAUGGCAUCAUCGAAUAUGACGAUUUCAAGUUCAACCCUUCCCUGAUGGAGCCCAAGGAGCCUGCCCCAGAGACAGCUGACGGCCCCUACCUGGUGAUCGUGGAACAGCCCAAGCAGCGAGGCUUCCGAUUUCGAUAUGGCUGUGAAGGCCCCUCCCACGGAGGGCUGCCAGGUGCCUCCAGCGAGAAGGGCCGGAAGACUUAUCCCACUGUCAAGAUCUGUAACUACGAGGGUCCCGCCAAGAUCGAGGUGGACCUGGUGACACACAGCGACCCCCCUCGUGCCCACGCCCACAGCCUGGUGGGCAAGCAGUGCUCGGAACUGGGGGUCUGCGCUGUGUCUGUGGGGCCCAAGGACAUGACUGCCCAAUUCAACAACCUGGGUGUCCUGCACGUGACCAAGAAGAACAUGAUGGAGAUCAUGAUUCAGAAACUUCAAAGGCAGAGACUCCGCUCCAGGCCCCAGGGCCUUACAGAGGCUGAGCGGCGGGAGCUGGAGCAGGAGGCCAAGGAGCUGAAGAAGGUGAUGGACCUGAGCAUCGUGCGGCUGCGCUUCUCCGCCUUCCUCCGAGCCAGCGACGGCUCCUUCUCGCUGCCCCUGAAGCCUGUCAUCUCCCAGCCCAUCCACGACAGCAAGUCUCCCGGGGCCUCCAAUCUGAAGAUUUCUCGAAUGGACAAGACGGCUGGCUCCGUGCGGGGCGGAGACGAGGUUUAUUUGCUUUGUGACAAGGUGCAGAAAGAUGACAUUGAGGUUCGGUUCUACGAAGACGAUGAGAACGGAUGGCAGGCCUUUGGGGACUUCUCUCCCACGGAUGUCCAUAAACAGUACGCCAUCGUGUUCCGGACGCCUCCCUACCACAAGAUGAAGAUCGAACGCCCCGUAACCGUGUUCCUGCAACUGAAACGCAAGCGCGGGGGCGAUGUCUCCGACUCCAAACAGUUCACCUACUACCCUCUGGUGGAAGACAAGGAGGAGGUGCAGCGGAAGCGGAGGAAAGCCUUGCCCACCUUCUCCCAGCCUUUUGGGGGUGGCUCCCACAUGGGCGGAGGCUCUGGGGGCUCGGCAGGGGGUUACGGAGGAGCCGGAGGAGGCGGCAGCCUCAGCUUCUUCCCUUCCUCCUUGGCCUACAGCCCCUACCAGGCCGGGGCAGCCCCCAUGGGCUGCUACCCGGGCGGCGGGGGCGGGGCGCAGAUGGCUGAUGGGGGUGCGCCUGGCGGGGAUGCUAGGGAGGAAGCAGCAGCGCCCAGCGCGCCCCCCGAGGACCCCCACCGCAAACCGCAAGCUCAGGGGCUGCUGCAGCGAGCCCAGGAGUACAACGAGCGCCUGUUCGGCCUGGCGCAGCGCAGCGCCCGGGCCCUGCUGGACUACGGCGUCACCGCGGACGCGCGCGCGCUGCUGGCGGGACAGCGCCACCUGCUGACGGCGCAGGACGAGAACGGAGACACGCCGCUGCACCUGGCCAUCAUCCACGGGCAGACCAGUGUCAUCGAGCAGAUAGCCCACGUCCUCUACCACGCUCGCCACCUCGGGGUGGUCAACGUCACCAACAACCUGCACCAGACCCCCUUGCACCUGGCGGUGAUCACCGGGCAGACCGGCGUGGUGAGCUUCCUGCUGCAGGUGGGCGCAGACCCCACGCUGCUUGACCGGCACGGAGACUCGGCGGUGCACCUGGCCCUGAGGGCGGGGGCCGGUGCCCCUGACCUGCUGGGGGCGCUGCUGCGGAGCGGGGCUCCCGCCGUGCCCCAGCUGUUGCGCAUGCCAGACUUCGAGGGGCUGUUCCCGGUCCACCUGGCCGUCCGGGCCCGGAGCCCCGAGUGCCUGGACCUGCUGGUGGACGGCGGGGCCGACGUGGAGGCUGCGGAGCGGCAGGGCGGCCGCACAGCGCUUCACCUGGCCACGGAGAUGGAGGAGCUGGGCUUGGUCACCCAUCUGGUCACCAAGCUCCGUGCCAAUGUGAACGCGCGCACCUUUGCGGGAAACACACCCCUGCACCUGGCGGCUGGACUGGGGUCCCCGACCCUCACCCGCCUCCUCCUGAAGGCUGGUGCUGACAUCCAUGCUGAGAACGAGGAGCCCCUGUGCCCGCUGCCUUCGCCUCCCACCUCUGGUAGCGACUCAGAUUCUGAGGAGCCUGAGCGGGACACCCGGAGCAGCUUCCGCGGCCACACACCGAUCGACCUCACUCGCAGCACCAAGGUGAAGACCUUGCUGCUAAACGCUGCUCAGGACACCAUGGCGCUGCCCCUGACCCCGCCCAGCCCUGCAGGGCCAGAGCUGCCCCUGGAGGAUACCGCCCUGCAGAACCUGGAGCAUCUGCUGGACGGGCCCGGGGCUCAGGGCAGCUGGGCAGAGCUGGCAGAGCGGCUGGGGCUGCGCAGUCUGGUGGACACGUACCGAAAGACAGCCUCGCCCAGUGGCAGCCUCCUCCGCAGUUACAAGCUGGCAGGUGGGGACUUGGCAGGCCUCCUGGAAGCUCUGUCUGACAUGGGCCUAGACGAGGGAGUGAGGCUGCUGAGGGGCCCCGAGGCCCAAGACAAACUGCCCAGCACAGAAGUGAAAGAGGACAGUGCCUACGGGAGCCAGUCGGUGGAACAGGAGGCCGAGAAGCUAGGCCCAUCGCCGGAGCCACCAGGCGGGCUCUGCCACGGGCACCCGCCGCCUCAGGUGCACUGAACUGCUGCCCAUUUGCUGCCCCCUUCCUGGCCCUCUGUACAGCAUCCCCGCCUAGUCUAGUCCUUAUUUAACACCCGUGCCCGCCCCUCAGUUGGGGGAAAUAAAGGAUUCUCAUGGGAGAGGGAGGGGGCCUGGCCCCGUCCCGAAGUCAGAGCCGCUCUUGUGUGACAUGUCGUACCCGGGCCCAGCGCCAGGCACUGAGAGGAAAGGAGGUCCAGUCGGCAAGUCCAGAGCAGUUUUAAUGGGGCUGGAGGCCGUGUAAAGGGCAGGGCCCACGGGAGGAGGGAAAGCAAGGCCAUGCUGUCCCCAGCUGGUGCACAGGGGCCUGGGCACAGACACCUUCCUCCGCCUCCGGAACGGGGGAAGGUGAGCCCUCAGGAAGAAGGAAAACCAGCUGGUGCCCAGCUCCCGGCCUCUGUCUGAGCCGGGCCCCGGGACAGGGGAGGGUUGCUGGUGUCGGGUGGGGGUGGUCUCAGCAGAAAGCAGAACCGUUGUCAGCCUCCCCUCCCCU